AUGGCAUACUUUCCAAAUGGUGGACAGAUAAAUAUGUCUGGUGCAACGACUGACUGGCGACUUCUUCUUAGUGAAGACGAAAGAAAGAUUAAUGUCGGUAGACUUUAUAAAGGUCUAGAACUUCUUAAUCAACCAAAUUUGUACCCUACACAUAGAUUUCACGCAUCGAAACAGUGGGAAAAUGAUUCUUAUAAUAGUGCAAAUUCCAAGGAUGAAUACAACCAACUGAUUGGAGCAAAGUUACGGGAGUUAACUAAUAAAAUACAACGAAGCGCUCAUAUACGGCAGCAGCAGCAGACGCAAAGGAGUGCUACGCCAUCGCAACAACCUCAAGUCGCUCAGCAACAGUCACAAGCACAAACUUUAUUACCCCAACAAUUACAAAAUUCACAAUCACAGCAAUUACAGCAACAAAUGCUAACACAAACUCUUCAACAACAGCAACAACCGGUUCCUUCUCCACAGCAACAACAAGUGCAAGCCCAAAGAUUCUUAUUGCAGCAACGUGCGCAAAUUGCAGCAGUUCAAGCACAACCGAAUAAUUUUAUUCGAUCAGCUGCAUCUCAGGUUCCAUCUUCUCCAAAGCCCACCCAACCAGGAGCUCAUCGACCGAAUCUUUUACAACAACAAGUUUUAACUAACUUAGGAUUCCCUCCAGACACGCAGUUAUCACCGGAAGUCUUGAAAAGAAUUAGCGCUCACAUGACAGCUCAGGCAAUGAUGCAACAACAGCAUCAGCAACCUGCACAACAGUCGAAUGUUCAACAAGACAUCACUAUACAAUCACCUGCGAAAGUUAAUCCACAACCUGUCUCUAAUGUUGCUGGUCCUUCGAUGAAAUUACCUAAUAAUGUGACAAUUCAAUCUCCUGUUAAUCAGAUGAAAGGACAAGCACCGUCUCAGAGCCCUGGAACUAUGUUCAUGAUGCCAAAUUCGGGACCUUCUAUAACCAAUUCACUUGGAACUACACCUAACCAAUCUCCUGCCAUAGUAAAUGCAUCACCAGCAGCGAUAUCAAAUAAAACGACUCCAAAUAUGUCUCCUAAUACCGCUUCAGCUAAGUUAGCGGCAGCAAAUUUAGCAACAGCAAAUUUAACAACGCCGCAACUCAAAAUACCUCAAAAUAAGCUUGUAAGUCCGGCUGUUCAAAAUGCCAACGUUGCAUCCAAUCUUGGAAUUAAAGUUCCUUCCGGUGUUGGUAUUAAUACAGUUCAAAAUCUCGGGUUAAUGCCUGGUUUUCAAGGCGCAAAUGCGACUAUUGGACGUCCAAAUAUAAUGAUGCAUACGACAGCUAAUAGCGCUGCAAACGCAAAUGCAAUUAUGUUAGCUGUUAAUAAUAACAAUGCCGUUAAUCAAGGAAUAGUUACUUCCAAUGGUGCCAAAGCAGCAGCAAUGAUGGCCGUUCAGAAUGCUAUGUUCGCAAAUGCGACAAGACCUUCAAUUACUCAACCUCUUAAUUUGAACGCUGUUCGUCCGAAAUUUCCAAUUAUGCGUCCCAAUGCUCAGAUGUCUAUUAUAAACAAUUCUGCAGCACAACCUGGAUCACUAGCAACGCUGACUGACAAGGAGGAGAAAGAAGCAUUGGCCAUGAUAAGUCAAAUAGAUAGUAAAGCUAGGGAAAAGAAUAUUCAAUAUCAUGAAAUUGACCUUUCUGAAGAUGAAAAAAGGCAAAUAAGGAUCAAGUUACAAGAAUUGACACCAAUGUACAAAAAAGUUGACGAGGUAUUGCCAUACUUUUGGCAUUAUACAAGAUCAAGUCAAGGGACAUAUCGUCUAUUGGGCAUGAAAUACAUGAUAGAAGAUCAAUUAAAUGCUCUACCAUCUGGAAAGUUUCUACUCAAACUAGACCUUGUUGAAAAUUUAUUACAACAAUUUCGUAAAUAUUUUGUUUUCGUGGAAAGUCGUAGAAGAGGUAUUGAAGAUACUUCUGGAUUAAUGAACUUUCACCCAGUUGUUCAUCCGCAACAACCUCAACAUCCAAACGUAGAUAGUCUGAUCAGACCACGCAUAAAUUCAUCAGACUUGAAACUUCCACCAGCACAGAGACAUGCUAAUGAUAGCUCAGGUACUUCUGGUAGCUCAUCAAUCCUCACAAAGAGACGUCAGUCUUCAGUUGACCGGGAGGUACGGCAAUCGAAUAAGAAGCAACAAACCAACUCUAAUAGUAUUCUUAGCCACUCUACACCUGAUGGCUCGGUUCUCAGCACUCAAAAUACUUCGGCAACUAAUGCCACUAAUCAAAACAACCCUAUCGUGAUUUCAGAUGAUGCAAAACAAAUUUCAGAAACUCAAGAAAUAGGCAUCUCUGAUAAAAACAGUGCCACUACUGAAGAUUAUCAUGCAGGCUCACAAUUACUUACGAAUAAAUUGAAAAAUAUUUCAUCAUCACCGCGAGUAAUGCGUAGUGGUCCGACAAUGGCACCAAGGCAAGGAUAUUCUCCAUGCGAAGAAAGUGAACAGAGAGCUAUGUUGGUCUCUUUACUCAACACGGCUUAA